UGGGUUCACGCCAAAUGCGAAGACCUCUCUGAUGAGAUGUAUGAGAUCCUCUCUAACCUUCCAGAGAGCGUGGCUUACACCUGCAUUAACUGCACCGAACAGCAUCCUCCCGAAUGGCGGCUGGCCCUCGAGAAAGAGCUGCAGCUCUCUUUAAAGCAGGUUUUGACAGCCCUGCUGAACUCUAGGACGACCAGUCACCUGCUGCGUUAUCGGCAGGCAGCCAAACCUCCUGACCUGAACCCUGAAACAGAGGAAAGCCCACCCUCGCACAGUUCUCCCAAAGGCCCAGACCCUCCCGUCCUUACAGAGGUUGGCAAGCAGGAAGAAGAGCCACCGCUCGAUCUAGAAGGCGUGAAGAGGAAGAUGGACCAAGGAGGCUAUUCUUCUGUGCUGGAGUUCAGCGACGAUCUUGUUAAGAUAAUCCAAGCAGCCAUCAAUGCCGACGGAGGGCAGCUGGAGCUCAAGAAGGCCAACAGUGUGGUGAAGUCCUUCUUCAUGAGGCAAAUGGAACGAGUUUUUCCAUGGUUCAAUGUAAAGAAGUCAAGAUUUUGGGAACCAAACAAAGUCACGGCAAACAGUGGAAUGCUGCCCAACGCUGUGCUGCCCCCCUCCCUUGACCAUAACUAUGCACAGUGGCAGGAACGCGAAGAAAGCUCUUCUGCUCAGCAGCAGCCCCCCCUGAUGAAGAAAAUAAUCCCAGCUCCAAAGCCCAAAGCACCGGGAGAGCCAAACUCCCCCACGCCACUGCACCUCCCUGCCUCACCCUUAUCCAGUCCCGACAGAGGCCAAGACGACAGCCCAGCUCUUUCCCCGCCUCCGGAUGUGGAAGACAACCGGCAGUGCGCUCUCUGCCUGAAGUACGGUGAUGACGGAGGCAACGAUGCUGGCCGCCUCCUUUACAUUGGUCAGAACGAGUGGAGCCACGUGAACUGUGCCCUGUGGUCAGCCGAAGUGCUUGAGGAGGAGGAUGGCUCUCUGAAGAAUGUGCACGUGGCUGUGAUCCGUGGCAAGCAGCUGUUUGACAAUCAGAGUAACAUGCCAAUCUUGCAGCGAUGUGAGUUCUGCCAGAAGUCGGGUGCCACAGUCGGCUGCUGCCUGGCCACUUGUACCAGUAACUACCAUUUUAUGUGUUCUCGGGCCAAAAACUGUGUCUUCUUGGAGGAUAAGAAGGUGUACUGCCCACGACACAAGGACAUGAUCAAAGGAGAGAUAGUGCCAGAAAAUGGCUUUGAGGUCUUGAGGAGAGUCUUUGUGGAUUUUGAAGGAAUCAGCUUGAGGAGGAAGUUUCUGAACGGUUUGGAACCAGAGAACAUCCAUGUGAUGAUUGGGUCGAUGAGCAUCGAUUGUCUCGGCAUCCUGAACGACCUUUCUGACUGCGAAGACAAGCUCUUUCCAGUUGGAUAUCAGUGCUCCCGGGUUUACUGGAGCACAACGGAUGCUCGAAAACGUUGUGUUUACACCUGCAAGAUCAUGGAAUGCCGUCCUCCUCUCCUAGACUCUGACGUCAACAGCACCAUGGAACAUGAUGACAACCGGACCAUUGUCCACAGCCCAGUGUCCCUUUCAGCAGAAAUUCCACCCAGAGAUGGUCAUGUGGCAUCAGCUGAGCUAAACCCUCCCUCGGCAGAUCUUCCUCCACAUCCUCAGAACUUCAAGGCUCUGCGCAUCAGAAUGCCGAGUUUUGCUCCUUCCCAGCGAACUCCGGGUUCGAGGCCAUUGCCUUCUGCAGGAAGCCCCACCCCUGUGACACAUGAGAUCGUAACCGUGGGAGAUCCUCUCUUAUCCUCUGGACUUCGAAGCAUUGGCUCCCGGAGGCCCAGCGCAUCUCUGUUUCCACAGCCAGUGAGGUCUUGGACGCUGCCUCCCACCAGAGUUGGGGCCACUAACGCUCAGCACAGCACCGUCUCUCCAGGAGCCAGCAGGAGUCCCGUCCCAGAGCACAGUGUGAGCAUCAAACAUACCGAACGCUCUGUGGGACCAGCAGCCUCGCACGUCGCUCUCCAGGACACCUUGGACCCUCCCAGUCCGGCCAUCCUAAGCGGAGGCAGAGGGGCUUCUGCAUGGGAGGGAACCCUCUCCUUUGACACCGGGCCUUCCGGGGGGCCCUUUUCUGCCAAAUUAGAGAAAGGGAAGCUGCUGAGCCCCAAAGAUCCGAGUGCUUCCUGUGGGAAUCCAAAAACAGGCCCCCUUGGAGAAAGCCUCUCUGGCCCAGAUGGAAACCCAAGCAAGGGAGGGAAGUUCCUAGAGUCCCCCUCUGGGCUCUUCUCCCCCAAAGAACCCGUAGCUUCUGCACUGCUGCUUCAGAACCCCCCAAAGAAGGAGAAAGACCAGCAUCUGACACAGACAGACACGGACUGCUUUUAUGAAGCCCCGGAAGCAAAGACCUCGCCCUUUUCAAGGAGCCGAUCUCCGUGCACAAACGAUCCGGCACCUUCUGUGGGGAGAGAGAGGAGAGGAAAACUAAAGAAGGGGGCAAAAGAGAGACAUUCUAGUAAGCUUUUUAGAAGUUUAAGCAUCCUCCCAAGCAGCCACAAAGAAUGCGUGGAGGCAGAAUUGGUUCAUCGGGCAAUGACCUCUGGACAUAUGCAGCAGCAGCCGCAGCAGCAGCCACAAUAUAACAGCGUUGCUGUUGAGAAACUCAUUGACCAUAACCUGCUUGGCCAGGAGGCAUCCAAAGCUGCUUUCCAGAGCGAAAUGGCCACCUCCAAGGAUUUGCAGAAUUCGCAGAAGCGCACAGUAAAAGUAACCCUGACUCCACUCAAGAUGGAAGGUGAGAACCAGUCCAAAACUCUUCCGAGAGAACACGGUGCGGAAUCUCAGCCAGGGGUUUGCACAUCGGUGCCGCAACCGGCUUCCAUUCCGGAGCGCUCGGGAAAUGACUGCAUGGUCCCAGAAACUCAAAGCUGUGCUUCCUCCUCAGUGGCCCCAAGUGACCCCCCUUAUCCAAACCUUCCUGUCCAGGACAGCAGCUUGAUGAUUCAGGACGGAGCCAAAGAACCGGAAGAUGGGUCCUACAAGCGGCGAUACCCUCGGCGUAGUGCCCGUGCCAGAUCCAACAUGUUUUUUGGUCUGACCCCUUUGUACGGCGUGAGGUCCUACGGUGAGGAAGACCUUCCCUUCUACAGCAACUCCACUGGCAAGAAGAGAGGCCGGCGGUCAGCUGAAGGCCAAGUGGACGGGGCUGAUGACCUCAGCACGUCGGACGAAGAGGACCUGUAUUACUACAACUUCACCCGGACGGUUGUCUCCAGCUCAGAUGAGCACAUGGCUUCUCAUAGUUUGUUCCGUGAAGAGGAGCAGAUCAGUCUCCCCAAAAUCUCUCAGCUGGACGGGGUGGACGAUGGAACGGAAAGUGAUGCAAGCGUCACAGUAACGACGAGGAAAAUCAAUUCAGGAAGCAAAAGGAGCGGCAAAGAAAAUGGAACGGAAAGCUUAAAACUCGAACGAAGCGAAGACAGUGGGGAGAAAAUGCAAGUGACCAAGAGUUCAGUUGGCCAUAAAACAGCUGAUCCCAAAAUGGAGAAUUGCCGGGUCAAAACUCAAGAUCCUUUGGAAGCUCAGCUGAGCUCCCUGGAAGCUGUCGGCCGGCGUCCGCGUGCCAACACGGAGCCCUCGGAGAAGAACCUGCUGGACACCUUCAGCACAGAACUGCUGAAGUCCGACUCCGACAAUAACAACAGCGACGAUUGUGGGAACAUCCUUCCUUCGGACAUCAUGGACUUUGUUCUCAAAAACACCCCCUCGAUGCAGGCCCUGGGGGAGAGCCCGGAGUCCUCGUCCUCGGAGCUGCUGACUCUGGGAGAAGGCCUGGGCCUCGACAGCAAUCGGGGCAAAGACAUGGCUCUCUUCGAAGUCUUUUCCCAGCAGCUGCCGACAGCCGAGCCGGUGGACAGCAGCGUCUCCUCUUCCAUUUCGGCCGAGGAGCAAUUUGAGCUGCCCUUGGAGUUGCCUUCCGAUCUCUCGGUCUUGACUACCCGGAGCCCCACAGUCCCCAGUCAGAACCACAGCAGACUUGCAGUCAUUCCAGAACCUUCCCUCGCCACCUCGGGGGAGGGAUCCAUGUUGACCCUCCCUUCUUCAGACCCUGCUGAGAAGAGAGGGGCGGUCGCAGAAAAGGCCUCCUCCGGUGAAGCAGAGCCAGCAUUGCUCAGCCCGCGAGUGGCCCCAAGCCCCCAGGGCCCUCUGACCCCUGACCCUUUCAUACAGAGCCACCUGGAAGCAGAGCACAUGGGCAGCCCGCCCUGUGGACCAAGGGAAGAUAUGGCCGGUGGCGGCGGCAGCAGCGGGACCCCCGGCCUCCCCGUUUCUCCCUCCCUCCCGCUCCAGAAUCCCAAGUACGGGCCAAGUGGCCCCGACAAGCCCGGCCCGUCGCCCAUCUCAAACGCUGCCGUGCAGACGGCCCCUCUCCACUUGAAGGCUGCUGCGGAGAAGCUCCUGGUGGUCAACCAGAACAUGCAGCCUCUGUACGUCCUCCAGACGCUGCCCAACGGCCUCACCCAAAAGAUUCAGCUGACUUCUCCCAUCAGUUCCGGGCCGGCCGGCAUGGAGGCCGGGGCUUCUGUGCUGGGCCCCAUGGACACGGCCAGCCUGGCCCUGGCUGCAGGCCUCAGCCCCGGCUUACCCUCCACCAGGCCCCUCUUCCCUGCGGCCAGCAAAGGCCUGCUGCCCAUGCCUCAGCAGCACCAGCACCUGCAUUCCUUUUCGGCCAGCCCCUCCAGCGGCACCGGCAGCUUCCCGGCAGCCCUCGGCAGCCCCGCCUCAAGCCUUCUGAUCGGGGUCCAGCAGCUGCCCGACCCUGAGGCGAACACAAUGGCGGAUGUUGGGCCUGCGGUCACACCCCCUCCCACCGGCCUCGGCAAGAAGCGGCCCAUUGCGCGCCUGCCAAGAAGGGCCAAGAAGUCGGCUGCUCCUUCUGCCGCGGCUUCGUCGGACCUGGCCACAAUGAACUUCCCUCGGUCCUCCCCGCCUGGCCACCCAGGCCUGCUUGAUCUGGGAGCCGCCUGUCCCCGCACCGUGCCCAGCCUGGUCAAGCGCUCCAAGCCAGGGGUCAUGUACUUUGAGCCCCUGUUGCCUCCGGAGGCGGCUGCUACAGAGGCAGCCCUUGGAGCCUCUCCCAGCGUAGCUUCUCCUCCCCCCGGGCGGAAGGCGGCCCCGCUGCCAGCCCCUACCCCCGGCCCAGCGGUCCCGCCCCACCUGUUGGGACAAGGAGGCUCUGAGGUGCCGAGCGUUUCGGACAUGAGCUCCCUCGGCAGCCUGUUGAUCAAAGCCACGCGAGAAGGGCUCAGCCUCCCGGAGCAGCCCGCUUCAGCACCGCCGCCAGCGCCCAGGAUGUUUCUGUCGCAUAAGGAGGUUUCGUUGGCCCAGUCUGCCUCUGCGGGGCCAGCGGCUGCCCUCGCCACCGGCCUCUCUGUCUUGCCUCCCCCGAAGGCCGUGGGCACGUCUGCCGAUCCUGGAAGCGCCUGCCAGUCUGAGCCUCUCACUCAGCUCCUGGCUUGCAAGGCUGGGCCGCCCCCCGCUCACCUGGACCUGCCCCCCUCCCAGGGAGCUCCCCUUUCAGACUUCCCCCAGCCGAUGGAUGCGGCAGCCGCGGGGCGAAACAGAUCGUCCCCCUGCGUCCCCACAGCCUCUUCCGGGAGCUCCCCUUCCACCGUGCUGGGCUCCACCAGGGCCCGAUCCAAAGUCAAGCGCUUGCCGACCCCUGUGGGCAGCAAAGGAUCCGGGAAGAAGCCCAGGGCGCCUCCAUUCUGGAACAGCUUCCCUGGCCAAUGCGUCCCACCACAAGGCACGAGGGUGGCAGCCCAGGACCCACAAGGCGGAGGGCCCCAGCCGCCCCGGGUGCAGCCAGAGGAGGCCACAGACGUCCUGCAACCAGCCCACAAACCAGCAGGGCCUCAGCAGCCCCAGCCACAAGCUCAGCCAACCCCGCCCGCCUCCAACGAGUCAGAGCGCGCAGAUUCCAAUGCUGAGGAGGAGGAGGAGGAGGAGGAGGAGGAAGGCAGCUUCAGCUCUCCCCUCAUGUUCUGGCUGCAGCAGGAGCGGAAGCGGAAAGAAAGCCUUGCGGAGAGGAGGCCCCGGAAAGGGCUGGUCUUUGAGAUCUCCAGUGACGAUGGCUUCCAGAUCUGUGCGGAGAGUAUUGAAGAAGCCUGGAAGUCCUUGACAGACAAGGUCCAAGAAGCUCGGUCGAACGCCCGCCUGAAGCAGCUUUCCUUCGCAGGUGUGAGUGGGCUGCAGAUGCUGGGCAUUCUCCACCACGCGGUUGUGUUCCUGAUAGAGCAACUCUGUGGAGCCAAGCAUUGCUCCAACUACAAGUUCAGGUUCCACCAGCCAGAGGAGGCCAAGGAGCCUCCCGUGAACCCCCACGGCUCUGCCAGGGCUGAAGGGCACCUCAGGAAGUCUGGUCUUGACAUGUUCAACUUUCUGGCUUCUAAACAUCGCCAGCCCCCACAGUACCAUCCCAACGAUGAGGAGGAAGAGGAGGUGCAGCUGAAAUCUGCCCGGAGGGCAACCAGCAUGGAUCUUCCGAUGCCCAUGCGCUUCCGACACUUGAGGAAGACCUCCAAGGAGGCGGUUGGGGUUUACAGGUCUCCUAUCCACGGACGGGGCCUCUUCUGCAAAAGGAACAUUGAUGCAGGGGAGAUGGUGAUCGAAUAUGCUGGCAACGUGAUUCGCUCCAUAUUAACUGACAAACGCGAGAAAUAUUACGACAGCAAGGGCAUCGGCUGCUACAUGUUCCGUAUCGAUGACUCAGAGGUUGUGGACGCCACCAUGCAUGGGAACGCAGCACGCUUCAUCAACCAUUCCUGCGAGCCCAACUGCUACUCCCGAGUCAUCAACAUCGAUGGGCAGAAGCACAUCGUCAUCUUCGCUGUGCGCAAGAUCUACCGUGGCGAAGAGCUGACCUAUGAUUACAAGUUUCCCAUUGAAGACGCCAGCAACAAGCUGCUCUGCAAUUGCGGUGCCAAGAAGUGCCGGCGUUUCCUCAACUGAGCGGUCGAGCUGAGCCACCGCAGUGGCCACAGGAGGCUCAGGUGCUGGUGCCCCUCAAGCAGCCACAGAUACGUUGGCUUCAUCUGGCAUGCCCUGCGCAGAGCGAAGGUGGACUUUGGUGUGCUGUGGGACUGAGAAAAUGGGAACGUGGGCUGUGCCGAGCCGGCACGAGCGCCUGGUUGCCUCUUCACGUUUGGAAUGUGCGCCCUGCCCUCAUGUUCCAGCUUGGGCUGGCGGCUGAGCAGCGGUUCUCCCAAAUCCCUGUGGCCAGUGAGGAGGAAUCCCAAGGCAGCAGCUUGGCUGGGCAGAUCUCUGGAUGGGCUUUCAGGAGGAGAAGCAGACCUUCAGAGGAGGAGGAGGAGGAGCUUCUGUCCCAGAGAGCCUCCGCCUCCCCCACUGAACAUGGGCAGCUCAGCCCCACCGGCCCCCCCGUCUCAGAAGUGCAGUGGCCCCCAAAGUCCGAGCACAGCCUGUUUUGUGCAAAGCGCUGGUCAGUGUGGCUGGAGCUGCUCUGGGAGUGCAAAGGAGGGGAGGGAGGCUGGACUUUGUGGAAUCCAUUUCCCCCUUUCAGGCCUCCAGAAAGAGCCUCCUUCAGUUGCACCAUCUCGAAUUAAGUCUUUGGAUUUUCCUUGGUUCUGUUUACAUUUUAGUAUUUAAAAGUUUUAUAAAUGUAAAUAUAUUUUGUAUAUUUUUCUAUGAGCAGCACUUCAUAGGAAAGAGCACUUAGGAGACUAUUUUUUCAGUCAUGGUUGCUUCUUGACUUUAAAAAGAAUCCAUUUUAAGGGUGAAUGUUUUAUUUUUAAUAGGAUGCUCUUUCCCAGGUUGGUUCAGGCACGUCCAGCCUCUCCCUCAGGAGGGGAAGGAGAGUUUUCUGGGUGCUGCUUCGGCUGCCCCUUCAGGCGCCUCCUCCCAUUUUUAGGGGAGGAUGGAACCGUUUGGUGGGUCUUCCGUUCUCCAGCAGUCAAGUGGUCGACCGGCUCUCCCUGGACGUUAAGCUUCCCUCCCUCUCCGGCCUCACUUCCGGCCAGCUUCUCCCCAGGCUCCGCCCUGGUCUCUCUUGCUCUGGAGACGAGGCAGCUCAAGGCAGAUGAUGCACAUCUCUCUCAGGGGAGCAAAGCCCACUCACCCCUCUCCUGGGAAGGAGGAGUGGGGGCUCCUGACCGUCACCUUUGCUGUCCCAAGCUGGCCAGACCUUCGUACCCCUAGGGGGCAUUUGGGGAGAAAGAGGCAGGCGCCAGGUGGGCUUAAAAGGAAGAGGCAGUUGCUGCCUAAAGCUGCUCUUUCCGUCUCGGCUGCUAGAAGAGUCCGCCCUUUCCUCGGAAGGCUCCGGAUUUCGUCUCAAGCUUUGGUUGGGCCCCCUUCACAGGCAUCUCCUCCUCCUCCUCCUCCUCCUCCUGCUGCUGUUGCUAAUCUGGCUGUCCUGAGCAGUAGCGGAGCUGCUUUGGGCUGCUCUGAACCCCAGAAUGCCGCUGCCGCUGCACCUGAGAGGGAGGCUGGGCAGAGGCUGCCCCUCCGGAGCGGCAAGGAGAAGAAGGGAGCAAAAGGAAGCUGGGCUGGGCAGCUUCCUGGAAAUAUGAAUGUAUCUCUCUAAGAACUGACAGAUCGUGAGAUCGAAGAAUACUAAGUCAGUCCACCCUUUAAAGGUUUUAUUUUUUUUAAAGGAAAAGCGGGUCACUGCAAAGGGCUGGGCAGGAAUCUUCUCUUCUUUGUUGUGAAGCAAUACCAGGUUUUCAGUCAAAUUCAUCCUCUGCGCAGAAUCAUGUCAUUUGGCCAGGUUGUUGCUGGCUCAUCUCCUGCUCUCUCUCUCUCUCUCUUCCCCCCCCCCCAAAAAAAGCCUGCAAGUUUUUAUGACUAUAAAUAAGGUAUCUAUAGGACUAAUAUUGUACUGCAUUGUGUCUUGAAGCCUGGCUUUGAAUUCUCUUUAACCCUUUAGGUAAUGGUUGUGUCCCAGUUGCUGAAAAGGCAGGAAAAGCAACACGCCAAGGGCUCCACGGGCAGCGGAGGCCGCCCCCACUGCACCCGGCUCCGACUGCAGGGCGGGGUGGGGGCUCUGUGCAGACCUCCUGGAAGUAAGGCUGGGGACUUGGCUGCUGUGGAUACUCCUGACCUUCUUCUGUGUUUAAUAGUCAAUCCUUGUACAACUUGCUUCUCUCCUCCGCCUCUUCCUCUUUCGGGAUUCCAGUUGGUGGAGCUCCUCGCCUGCCUUGUGCGCUUUCUGGUCUCUUAAUAAGGUCUUGCAGCUUCACCUUCCCGCCAAGCACCGUGCCCGUGGUGUCUCUUGGAUCCAGCGUCUUCAGUAGCUACAGGUAGUGAAUAAAUGUCUCAAGCCACUUUGCAAAAGCUACAUAAACAGGGCUCUCUGGUCCGUACAAAAAGCAACUUAUCAUGUAAAACCAAUUUUGUCUUUUUUUCUUGUGUUCUUCCAAAAUGAAUUUUUUUUUUCUUUAAAAAGAGGAAAUGUGUUGCUUGUGCUGCAUCAGUGUUAAUUCCCUGUCAUUGUUACAGGGAUGAAGGAAGUACUUUCAAUAGUUUUAAGAAAUGACUGAAAGACUGAAUGUAAAAAUAAGUGUAUAUAGUUGUACAAAAAAAGGAGUUUUUAAACAUGUUUAUUUUCUAUGCACUUUUUUAUUUAAGUGAUAGUUUAAUUAAUAAACAUGUCAAGUUUAUUGCUUCAAA